AUGCCUCCGGAUGAAGAAACUCGUAAGGAUUAUGAUUAUAUGCUGGAUCAUCCUGAGGAGUAUUACAGCCAUUACUAUCACUAUUAUUCUAGAAGAUUGGCACCCAAGGUGGAUGUCAGAAUAGUGAUUCUUGUCACAGUUUGUGCCAUUUCUCUAUUUCAGUUUUUCAGCUGGCGGACUAGCUACAAUGAAGCUAUCAACUACCUAGCAACUAUGCCAAAAUAUCGUAUACAAGCUACUGAAAUUGCUAGGCAACAGGGUCUAUUAAAUAGAGCCAAAGAAAAGGGCAAAAGCAGACGAACCAAGGAAGAAAUCCGCAAAGAAGAAGAAGAAAUAAUCAAAGAUGUAAUAAAAAACAAAAUAGAUAUCAAGGGUGGCUACCAGAAACCCCGAAUCUCUGACAUUCUCUUGUUUCAAAUUGUUUUAGCACCUUUUUAUCUGUGCAAAUACAUAAGAUGGUAUUUUGGCUGGAUUUAUUCUUUCAAUAUCAAAAGGCAAGAGUAUGGCGAAGAAGAGAAAUUGUAUAUCAUACGCAAAUAUAUGAAAAUGUCACAAUCCCAAUUUGACACUUUGGAAGAUCAUCAGAAAGAGUCCUUUCUUAAACGGCAGCUUUGGAAAAAAGAAAAUUAUGAGCUUUACAAACAAGAGCAAGAGGAGGAGCUGAAGAAAAAAAUGGCAAUGGAUCCUCGGUGGAAAAGAUACCGGCGAUGGAUGAGGAAUGAAGGGCCUGGAAGACUGACGUUUAUUGAUGAUUGACAUGCGCAAUCACAGAAUUGACAGAAUUAUUCAUAUCUAAAAUGUUCAGAGUUUAACUGCUUUGUUUCAGUGGUAUCCUAAAACUCAGGAAUUAAUCAGGCAGAAAACUAGUAACAUUUUAUGAUUUUAUAUAUGUGUAUACAAAU